ACCGCCGGCCGGCGCAAGACCCGGGCCGGGGUGCGCGUAGCUCCCUCGUCCAUAAAACUCCAACGACCACCCUCCCCGAUUCCUCCCUCUUCUGCUCUUCUGUCGUUCAUCACAUCGGAUUAGGGAGGGAUUCAGAUUAGAAUUUAGGGCCAAGCAUCUUGCUUCUUGGAGCGACAAAACAAAGCCAUCUCUUCCUUGUUUAAUCGCAAGGAGUCCAAACGGGAGAGUGCCAUCUUGUUGCUGUUGCUUUCUCUGUCUCCUUUUUUCAGAGAUUCAUCAGAGGUUCGGAGUUGCGAGGUUUCUUGGGUAGGAGACGACGACGAGGAGGAGGAGCCGUGUCUGUCUCUGAAUCUCUGAAAUCUCUCUGUGGGAGAGAAGAAGGGGAGGGGGAGAGAUGGCAGGUGGGUUCGGCGGCGGCGAUGCCAUCGCCGGAAGGGCGGAGCAGUACGAGGGGAAGAUCACCGGGUACUUCAUCCUCGCCUGCAUCGUCGGCUCCUUCGGCGGCUCACUCUUCGGCUACGAUCUUGGAGUCUCCAGUGGAGUGACGGCCAUGGACGACUUCCUGAUCAAGUUCUUCCCGGACGUGUACGAGCGGAAGCGCGCGCACCUCCACGAGACGGACUACUGCAAGUACGACAACCAGGUGCUCACCCUCUUCACCUCCUCGCUCUACUUCGCCGGCCUCGUCUCCACCUUCGCCGCCUCCUACGUCACCAAGCGCCGCGGCCGCCGCGCCAGCAUCAUGGUCGGCGCCGUCAGCUUCUUCCUCGGUGGCGCCGUCAACGCCGCCGCGGCGAACAUCGCCAUGCUCAUCGUGGGCCGCGUCCUGCUCGGCGUCGGCAUCGGGUUCGGCAACCAGGCCGUGCCGCUCUACCUGUCGGAGAUCGCGCCGUACAAGAUCCGCGGCGCCGUCAACCAGCUGUUCCAGCUCACCACCUGCCUGGGGAUCCUCGUCGCCGACGUGAUCAACUACUUCACCGACAAGAUCCACCCGUGGGGCUGGCGGCUGUCGCUGGGGCUCGCCAUGGGCCCCGCCACCGCCAUCUUCGUCGGCGCGCUGUUCCUGCCGGAGACGCCCAACAGCCUCGUCGAGCGCGGCGAGCUCGAGGAGGCGCGCCGCGUGCUGGAGAAGGUGAGGGGGACGCGCAAGGUGGACGCCGAGUUCGAGGACCUCAAGGAGGCGAGCGAGGCGGCGCGCGCCGUGCGCGGCACGUUCCGCAACCUCCUCGCCGUGCGCAACCGGCCGCAGCUCAUCAUCGGCGCGCUCGGCAUCCCGGCGUUCCAGCAGCUCUCCGGCAUGAACUCCAUCCUCUUCUACUCGCCGGUCAUCUUCCAGAGCCUCGGCUUCGGCAACUCCGCCGCGCUCUACUCCUCCAUCAUCACCGGCUCGAUGCUCGUCGUCGGCGCCCUCGUCUCCAUGCUCGUCGUCGACCGCCUCGGCCGCCGCUUCCUCUUCAUCGAGGCCGGCAUCCAGAUGAUCACCUCCAUGGUGGUGGUGGCGGUGAUCCUGGCGCUCAAGUUCGGGCACGGCGAGGAGCUCUCGAAGGGCGUCGGCACGGUGCUGGUGGUGGCGAUCUGCCUCUUCGUCGUCGCCUACGGCUGGUCGUGGGGCCCCCUGGGGUGGCUGGUGCCGAGCGAGCUGUUCCCGCUGGAGAUGCGGUCGGCGGGGCAGAGCGUGGUGGUGUGCGUCAACCUCUUCUGGACGGCCGCCGUGGCGCAGUGCUUCCUCGCCGCCAUGUGCCACCUCCGGUGGGGCGUCUUCAUCCUCUUCGCGGCGCUCAUCGUCGUCAUGUCCAUCUUCGUCGUCCUCCUCCUGCCGGAGACCAAGCAGGUGCCCAUCGAGGAGAUCUGGAUGCUGUUCGACAAGCACUGGUACUGGAAGCGCAUCGUCAGCAAGGACCCCAAGUACCAGGGCCACCAGCACCACAUGGCCGCCGUCGCCGCCGCCGGCGUCAAGCCGGAGGUUUAGAUAUCUGGGUUAGAUAAGAUAAUGCUGAUCAAGAUGAUGAUGAUAAUGGUGUUUGAAUAAGGUUUUAAGGGGUGGUGGUUAAGGUUUGAUCAGUAAGUGUUCAUGUGGGCAGAAGAACUACGUUCUUGGCAGUAAGCAGCAGCUUUGAUCUUGAUGCAAAGAUGAAGAACAUGCAGAGGGUUAAUGUUGCUGGCUUGCUACUUAAAUUUGUGCAUGUGUGCUUAUUUUUAUGUUUAGUUUAGUUCAGGUUUGUUCAGAGUUCGAUUCAGCAGGAUGGGGUAUAACUGGAGGCUGGUUAAUUAAUCUUGAUUCAAAAGGGAUGCAAGUUGCUGAAAUCUUCAGUAUAACUUACAUUUGCUCUGUAAAAUUUGCUUAUUUCUUGAGUACAACUUUAGUGUGACAAUGACUAUCUUGGCACCAAUUUUUUCA